AUGGAAAAUGCAAGUGACACCACAGGAAUAAAUUUCAUUCUUCUAGGACUUUUCGACUACACACAGACCCAUCUGUUCCUCUUUGCCAUGGUGCUCAUGGCCUUCCUCACCUCCCUGAUGGGCAACACCUUCAUGAUCAUGCUCAUUCAGGUGGAUCCCCAGCUGCACACUCCCAUGUACUUCCUGCUUAGCCAGCUCUCCCUCAUGGACAUGAUGCUGGUCCUCACUAUUGUCCCCAAAAUGGCAGCCAACUACCUGAUGCACAACAGGUCUAUCUCUUCUGCGGGCUGUGGUACUCAAAUCUUCCUGUUUCUCACCCUGGGAGGGGGCGAGUGCUUCCUCUUAGCCGCCAUGGCCUAUGACCGCUAUGUGGCUGUAUGUCACCCCUUGAGAUACCCGAUCCUCAUGAAUCAGAAGCUCUGCUUGCACAUGACAGCCGGCUCCUGGCUUUUGGGAGGGGUGGAUGGGCUGAUGCAGGCCGGUGCCACUCUGAGCUUCCCUUACUGCCACUCUUGGGAAGUCAAUCACUUCUUUUGUGAGGCACCAUCGCUUGUUCACCUUGCCUGUGCUAACACCAUGAUUUUUGAGUUUUUCAUGUACGUCUGUUGCGUCCUGAUGCUCUUGAUUCCACUGUCUCUCAUUCUGGCUUCCUACAGUCUCAUCUUGGCUGCUGUACUCAACAUGCAGUCCACUGCAGCCAGGAAGAAAGCCUUUGCGACCUGUUCCUCCCAUCUGGCUGUUGUGGGGCUCUUCUAUGGCACUAUCAUGUUUAUCUACAUGCGGCCCAAAUCCUACCAUUCAGGGGCAAACGACAAGGUGGUUUCUGCUUUCUACACCAUCUUCACCCCUGUGUUGAACCCCCUUAUAUACAGUGUGAGGAAUAAAGAUGUCAAGGGGGCUUUGAGAAAGUGGCUGGUAAGGCACUUUUGA